AUGGAACCUUUAGACGAGACUUCCAGUUUGUUGGUCCAGGAAGAUAACAGAUUAGAACGGACAGUGAGUGCAUUAGAGAGAAGUUAUUCGGAUCAUAACUUGUCAUUACCUAAAAUACCCAUUAUUUUUUCAUUAUGGAUGGGUAGUUUCUUAAGUUCUAUUGAUAGUACUAUUGUAGCUAAUAUAAUGAAUGGUGUUGCAGAAGAAUUUCAAGAAUCUAAUAAAAAACAAUGGAUUGCUACAAGUUAUCUAUUGACAAAUACUGCAUUUCAACCUCUAUAUGGUAAAUUAUCAGAUAUUGUUGGUCGUAAAUUUGCUGUCUUGACAGCUCAUUUCUUUUUCGGUUUAGGAUGUCUAUUGACAUGUUUUGCGCAAAACGUUACACAAUUUGCUAUUGCUAGAGCAGUUUGUGGUAUUGGUGGUGGUGGUAUUAAUGCAAUGAGUAGUAUUACUACUAGUGAUAUUUGCACUACAAGAGAAAGAGGUAUAUAUCAAGGUUAUGCUAAUAUAGUCUUUGGUACAGGUCAAAUUUUAGGUGGACCCAUUGGUGGUAUCUUUUUAGAUUCUAUUGGUUGGAGACCCUUGUUUGCUGUACAGGUACCUUUAAUUAUGUUAUGUUCAUAUUUAACCUCAGUUAAUGUGAAUAUUAAAUUGGUACACGUCCCACCAUUUAAAGAAAGGUUUACUUGGAAGAAUCUAUCAAGAAUUGAUAUCUUAGGUUCUAGUAGUUUAGUGAUAACAAUUAGUUCAAUUUUGUUUUUAACUUCAACCGAUAUGAAUAAGACUAUGUUGACAAUAAUAACAAUCGUAAGUUUCGGAUUUUUCUUAUGGGUGGAGACCUCAUUUGCAAAAGAAAGAAUUAUACCAUUUGAAUUACUUAAGGGUCCAUUCGGAUUAUCAUCAAUUGCAACAGUAUUUAGUUCAUUUAUUGUCUUUGGUGAUAUCUUUAGAUCCCCAAUCUACAUACAAUUGAUUCAAAAUAUAUCAGUUACAAAAUCUGGUUUAUAUUUAUUGUUCCCCUCCAUGGCUACCGCUGUAGGUUCUAUCAUGGCCGGUCAUAUUUUAAGAAAGACCAAAUUAAAUAUAGCUCAUUGUGCAUCUAUUAUCACAUUUAAUGGGAUGAUCCUACAAUUUACAGGGUUAAUUAUAGAAUACACCGUGAUUGGCCAUUUACAACCAUCCUUGGCAACGAAAGAGAUCAUUGGAUCCAUGCUAAACCCAUCAAGCUUUGAAUUACAAUCCGAAUCAUACACAUGGAAAAUAUUAUUUGUUUCUGCAGGUGUCUUAGUUACAUUUGGUUAUUCAUUAUUAUUAGUGGCUACGCUUGUAAGUAUUGUAUUCACUGUAGAGAAAUCUCAACAAGGUACAAUGACUGGUAUUUUUUAUUUAUGGAGGUCUAUAGGUAACGUUCUAGGGGCAUCAUUAACUUUAGUAGUCUACGAAAAUACACUAUCAAAAUUAUUAUGGAAUUAUAUGUUUGGAAACAGAGAGGGCUCAUCGACUUACGAAUUCACAAAGGCUCAAUAUUAUAAGAUGAUCAGCGAUUCUGCAAUGCUAAGAAACUCCGGUUUUCCAAAGGAUACAUUAAGAGAAUUGUUAAAUGUUUAUAGAAGUUCAUUUCUUGUUUCAUAUUAUCCAAAUAUUACAUUAGCUCUAUUUGGUAUAAUAAUUCUUUGGUUUUUAUUAAGAAUUUACAAUAGAGUUUCAAAGAAUACUGGGGUUGUUUAG